GCCAGGGCCUGCUGUUUGUUCAGCCAGAUAGGCAGAGAAGAAAAAUGGCGGCCCUAGGCGGACCAGAACGGGACGCCGGGCUAACGUUUUGAGCUCUCGCAUUCGGAAAGGCGCAGGGGCUGCCCGGGCCUACGGCGUCAUUCGAGUCCGAACCGGUUCGUCUUUGUAGCGGCACCGUUGUUUUUUUCGCUCGCCAUCGUGUAUGCCAAAUCCACGCAAACAUUGGGAUUGUAAUAUAAUAGGUUUCGCUUAUCAUGAGAGGGAAAAGGGGCAGGCCGCCCAAACCGCUACACACCGAGGAGCCGUCUCCAGCCACGACCCGGGGCUUGCGACCCAGGAGGAAUAUAAAACCCAAGUUUAAGGACAGCGGGGACGAGGACGCCGAGAGCCCCUCGAGAGAGGCCACCAAAUCAGUCCGGAAAAAGAAAGCACCAUCAACGCGGGGCAGGGGACGAGGCAGAGGUGGCGGCGGCGGCGGCAGAGGAGCGAGAGGUGGCCGUGGAGGGAGGCGGAAGGCUGUGCCCAAAACCAAAACCGUGGUGUACGAUGACCAUGAGAGCGAGGAAGAUGAGGAUGCUGUGAGUCUGAGGUCGGAGGAGGACGAGUUCGUCGAGGAGGAACCCCAGUCCGAGGAGGACGAGGGCCUCAAAGAGGACUCUGACUGCCUGGAAGAUGAUGGGCUGGAGGAGGAAGAGGAUGGUGCCAGCUUCUGCACAGAGAGCAGCUUUCGGAGUCAGAGCACUCACGCCAGCACUCCGGGAAGGAAAAAAAUGCGGGCUCCCCGCCCUCGCACUCCCACUCUCGAAAACAAGGAGAUCCCUCCUCUCGAGCUUCCAGAAACCUCUGAGGAUCUUUUGGUGCCUAACGAGGAGCUGCUCAACAUAACCUCCAUCUAUGAGGUCCUGCGGAACUUCAGCACCGUGCUUCGUCUCUCUCCCUUUCGUUUCGAGGACUUCUGUGCGGCGCUCAUUGGCCAGGAGCAAUGCACGUUAAUAGCCGAAACACACACCUCCCUGUUGAAGGCCAUUUUGCGUGAGGAAGACUCUUCCAACACUACCUUCGGCCCUGCAGACCUCAAGGACAGCGUCAACUCCACUCUGUAUUUUAUCGACGGCAUGACGUGGACUGAGGUUUUGAGGUCUUACUGUGAAAGUGACAGAGAGUUCCAUCAUGUUCUGCCACACCUAGAGAUGGACGAGUAUCCCUAUGGUCCUCUUGAAAGUAAGAUCAGGGUGCUCCAGUUUUUGGUGGAUCAGUUCCUUACCACCAACAUCGCCCGAGAAGAGCUCAUGUCCGAUGGCAGCAUGCAGUAUGACGACCACUGCCGCGUGUGUCACCGCCUUGGUGACCUGUUGUGUUGUGAGACUUGCUCAGCGGUCUACCACCUGGAGUGUGUGAAACCACCGCUGGAGGCUGUCCCAGAGGAUGAGUGGCAGUGUGAGAUUUGCGUGGCACACAAAGUGCCAGGAGUCACAAACUGUGUGACUGAGGCGCAGAAAAACAGGCCCUACAUCCGCCAGGAGCCCAUUGGAUAUGAUCGCCAUCAGAGGAAAUACUGGUUCCUCAGUCGAAGGAUUAUUAUUGAGGAAGACGGGGAGCACAAGAAGAAGAGGAUCUGGUAUUACAGCUUGAAGGCACAGCUGGAAGAGCUCAUCGAGUGUCUGGAUAAGGAAUACUGGGAGACGGACCUUCAUGCCAUCCUGGAGGAGACGAAGGAGGAGGUGAAAGCCCACAUGGACAUCACAGAGGACCUCACCAACAGAGCUCGUGGAAGCAAUAAGUCCUACCUUACUGCUGUCAACGGAGUGGUUCUGGAGCGGUUAAAGAUGAGGCGAGAGGCGCAGGAAGCAAAGAGGCGAGCGAACGAGACGAAGCAGGAACCAGAACAUGGCUCAGUGCACAAGGCUGAGAUCGGUGCCGCGGUCUCAUCGCAACCCAACAAAAUAAAGGAUGCAGAGAACCUGGAUGAUAAGUCCAAAGCUGCUACAAUUCAACCUGCAGCAGAAGAGAAGUGCACAUCAGGUAAUCCAGCCUCUGCUACCCAGAAUGCAGCUGCAUUUAAGACACGAUCACUUGAGAAAAGCCAGGAAGCAGAAGCUGAUCAUUCUGGGAGUCAGAACAGUGGAGAGUCUUUUCCACGGGCAGAGCAGAGCACGACAGACGAGAACCAAAAGUCAGAACCUGGCCAUGCAGCUGCACAAAGAGACGACUCAUCACCAGCCCAAGAUCAGGCACAGCAGCGAUCGUCUCAUCCAGAGGCGGCUGGUGACAGCAGCCAGGUUUCUGGCUCUGAUGGUCUCAGUAAGCUGGACCCACCCGAUCUAGCUGACAGGUCCUCGCAGUCCUCUUUCACCAGCCAGGAUGGGACGGUUGAGUAUAAUGAGCGGGUCAAGAACGAGAAUGCAACAGGACAAGAAUCUGAAAAUCAGAUGAACAGGAGCAGCAAAGAGUCACCCCCCAUGUGCGUCGCUGGUGACGCCACACGUCUGAGCUUCUUGAAAAGGGACCUGGCUGUAAAUUUAAACAACUUGUUCAAACUGGGUCAGGAGGGCAAGUACAGGGUCUACCAGAACCAGUACAGCACCAACGUGCUGGCACUCAACAAACAUCAGCACCGAGAGGAUCACGACAAGAAGCGCCACCUCUCCCACAAGUUCAGCCUGACCACCGCCUCCGACUUCAAAUGGAACGGCUCCAUCUACGGGUCGCGGAGUCUGACCAUCGCCACGCUUCGACUCACCAUCAUCCAGCUGGAGACGAACGUGCCGGGACCGUUCAUGCAUCCCAACUGGGCGUCGCACAGGACCAACUGGAACAAAGCGGUGCAGAUGUGCAGCAAAGCCAGGGAGUUUGCUUUGGCUUUGGCCAUUUUGGAGUGCGCAAUCAAACCAGUGGUUAUGCUGCCCAUAUGGAAAGAGUCUCUGGGACACACAAGGUUACAUCGAAUGACCUCUAUGGAGCGGGAAGAAAAGGAGAAGGUAAAAAAGCGAGAGAAGAAGCUUGAGGAUGAAGAGACCUUGCAGCAGGCCACAUGGGUGAAAUACACCAUCCCCAUCAAGCAUCAGGUGUGGAAACAGAAGGGUGAGGAGUACAGAGUGACCGGAUAUGGAGGCUGGAUCUGGGUCAGUAAGACUCAUGUGCCCCGUUUUGUCCCAAAACUACCAGGAAACACAAACGUAAACUACCGUAAAGAAUUGGAGGCUAAAAUGAAUAAAGAAAAUGCCGCAAUUUGCACAAAAAAACACAAAGAGAUGACGGAAAGCAAGAAGGUGUCGACUCAGAUCAAAGAAGACGAGGACCAGUCGCUGGUCAGCGCACCGUCUACGAUCACUUCCUCGCCUGAUGACAGCAAACCUCAGACCACCAAAGAGGAAGAAGACCGUUCAAAGGAGGAGCAGGAAAUUACUGCUGAAGAGAAGAACGUAGAUGAAAAGAUGGAGGUUGACUCCAGCAUCAAAACUUCAACUGAUACACAAGAUAAAGUUGAAAGCAACGGUCCUUCAUCGACCACUGCACCUCCUGUUGGAGUUGAGCCCACUCAGACACCCGAGCAACACAACAAGGAGGAGACCACAACAUCACAAAUCUUUUACGAUGUGGUGAAUGUUAGCGAGGGCUUCCAGCUGAGGACGGCAUAUAAGAAGAAGGUAAAGCCAUCCAAACUGGAUGGACUCUUGGAGCGUCGGGUAAAACAGUUCACCUUGGAGGAGAAGCAGAGGCUGGAGCGGAUGAGACAGGCCUUGUCCAAAGCAGCCACCAUGAAGCCCACGACUGGGGUGAAAAUUGAAGGAGCAGCAUUAAACAAACCGCAGCCUGCUGCCACCUCAGCUGUUAAAGCAGAAGAGAAGGGGGAGAACCUACAAGUGAAAGACCGUGUGGUUAAAAAACUUGAGUUUGAGCAGGAGGACACAAAGACAGAGAUCAAGAACAUCAAACCUGACCCUGGAAAUGAGGAGGCCUGUACCAAUAAAGAAGUGAAUGGAGAACCUGAGCUGAGCAGUACAACCAGCUGUCGGUCAGAGAAGACCGAGCACAAUGAAAAAACACAGAAGGAAGAGGGUUGUCUAAUAACAGACACUCCUAAGAAGCGUGGCUAUGAUGAAAUGGAGCAAAGCAGUGGAAAGAGCGACGCUGAAAACAUGGAGGAAACCCAAAGUAAGAGCAUUUCAUCGCACGUGAAUGGAAAAACCACAACAGCAGAUCCAAACACCAACUCAGACCCUGGGAAUCCUGUCCAGAGUGUGUGUUCAGAUCCAGAGAAGGAGCCGGUGAAGUCUCUGAUGAAUGGAAAUCUGUCGCAGAAUGAUUUUUCUAAUGCAGCCCAUCCCCCUCCUCUCAAAGUCCCAAAAUUAGAGAACCAUGUUGGCGAUAAAGAAGAACUUGUAAAUAAGAGUGCUGUGACGACGGACAGUGAGGGGUCAGUGACGGCAAAGCUCGAAUCCUCGAGCACUUCCUGCCACAACAGUAAUAACACAGACACUUGCACCAACGUCUCUUCAAAGGAGUCUCAAAGUUCACUCGUGCGUGACACAUCCAACAGUAUUAGUAAGCCCGAUGCAACUUCUCGAGGGGAAAUGGGUUCUGUUUCGUUCGGUCCCGUCACCACCCAACCCAGCUUAGAAGCAGCUGGCUUCCAGAAGAAGAAACCUAAUGACACCAAAUCGACCCCCCAGGGCUCCACAUCAACUAGCUCCAUGACGAUUAGUAAAGAGUAUUCCACCAAAGACAGAGUCAGCCUUCUCAGGUACUCCAAGUCCAAGAAGGCCCGCUCGGGAAUCGCACUGCCCUCCUACCGAAAGUUUGUGACUAAGAGCAGCAAGAAGAGCCUUUUUGUCCUCCCAAAUGAUGAGCUGAAGAGGCUGGCGAGGAAGGCAGGCAUUAAAGAAGUGCCCAUCUUCAGCUACAAUGCCAAGCCGGCGCCAGAUAUCUGGCCCUACCCUUCACCUCGGCCCACCUUUGGGAUCACCUGGAGGUAUCGUCUGCAGACUGUGAGGUCUCUGGCGGGUGUUAGUUUGAUGCUGAGGCUGCUGUGGGCCUGUCUGAGGUGGGACGACAUGGCUGUGAAGCCCUCCACUGCUGUAGGGAUGACUCGGAAAGAAACCACCGACACAGACAUCAUCACUACAGAGAUUAUGAAAAGGAGAGACGUGGGGCCCUAUGGCAUCCGCUCAGAGUACUGCAUCAGGAAGAUCAUCUGUCCCCUCGGGAACAGAGACACACCCAAAGAAACCCCAACUCCACAGAGGAAAGGCCUGCGCUCAAGUGCUCUGAGGCCGAAGAAGCACGAACCAGCCAAGCAGACCGGGCCUUUGGCUGUGGAGACGUGGAUACCUGAAGAGGAGCUCGAGCUCUGGGAGAUCCGAGCCUUUGCAGAGAGGCUGGAGAGGGAGAAGACACAAGGGUUAGAGCCCGCCAAAACCAGCAGCACCCUGAAGACAGUAGAGGAAGUCAAGGCUCAUUUAGACAACCAGCUGAAGCAGGCUAGACUGGCUGCCCAGCAGAAACGUUUGGAGCCGCUGAAACCGAGCACAACUGCCACCACUUCCACAACUCCCACCACGUCAGACAGCUCUCCCAGUACCCUGACCUCCACAGGCCUGAGGACGGGUCCGUUGCCACCUGGAACCAAGAUGGCCCUGUCCACCAAGCUGGGCUCCCCAGUUCCUCUCCAGCAAGACAAGAACUUCCAUCAGUCGUUCGCCUCCUGGGUGAAGCAGGGUCAGAACAACGGCACAGGUGGAGUUCAGCAGAAAGUUCUGGGUAUUUUCCCUCAUGGGCCUCCUGCCAACCUUCGGACAUACAGCACGCUACAUCCUACGACUGGAAACAUGAACCUCAGAACUGCUUCUUCUGCCUCCACCACUCAACAGGUUACCACAGCAGUGGGGCAACCUCAACCUGGAGCACCUGUUCCUGGGGGUACAGUAGUCAGAGGUCCAGCUCAGCAAGGUCAGCCUGUACAAGCUGCAGCCCAAGCUGGACCUGGUACUCCUCCUCUGAGAGCAGCAGGUCCUGCAUCAACUCCUCCUGCCUCCACAGCUCCUGCUGCUUCAUCUCAGCCUCAGAGACCUCAGCAGGGCCAAGUGAAACUCACCAUGGCUCAGCUCAUGCAGCUCACUCAAAGCGCACAGGGAGGAAACCCAGGUCUGACUGUGGUGAUCCAGGGUCAAGGGCAGACCCAGGGACAACUUCAGAUCAUCCCACAGGGUGUUGCGGUCAUCCCAGGCCCCGGCCAGCAACUAAUGCAGGCGGCCAUGCCCAACGGCCAAGUCCAGCGCUUCCUCUUCACUCCUUUACCUCCGUCCUCAUCAGCUCCUGUUUCGGCUCCCACUAACACGACCCCUGUCACAACGCAGACCCCUCAAACCCAAAUGUCACCUUCAGCUCAAAUGCGAUCCGUUGCCCAAGUCCAGACGACUCCGUCAUCCUUAGCCCAUACACAAAUGACGGCUCCUCUACCUGCGCCCAUUCAGGCUACAAGCCCAUCACCGAACCUAAACGUUGCCUCGAGCUCUGCUAUUCCGGUUCAAACCCAAGUUCCUGCCCCUGUUUCUGCUGCUGCUCACGUCUCUCCACAAACGCACAUUUCACCCCCAACGCCCAUCUCUUCACAGCCCCAAAGGUCUGCUCUGGUGCCUCAUUUUCCACAGCCUUCCACACAAGUUGUACCCCCUGCCCCACCCUCAGCUGUAACAUUGCCCCAAGCUGCUUCCUCAACACAAAAUUCAAGCCCAGGUGUGACUCAUAAACAGAUUCUCACUUCAUCCCUUGUCCAAAACCAAACCGUGCCCCAAACCCAAGUGUCCACUCUUCCAGUAGGUUCACCCCCUGCACAAACCCAAACUGUAUGUUCACCACUUGUACCAGGACAAGCUGUCGUCCAACCACAGUCUGUAAGCCCUGCCCCACGUGUAACUCCAGCCACUGUUCAGAUGCAGGGUUCUGUUCCUGUGCCGGCCUUGUCCCCUGUGUCAGCCAGGCCACUUCCCCAAGUUUCUGUUGCAGCAGCAUCCACUAACUCAGCUCCACUUCCUGUUUCUGCCUCACUUCCUUCAUCUUUCCAAGUUCCAACCCCGGCCCUCGCUCCCGUCUCUGCUCCUGUCAUAGCUGUUGUGUCUACCCAAAUCGCCGUCCCGUCCCCAGCCAAAGCUCUAACCCAAAUACAAGGUGCAGCUUCUGCUCCUCUCCAUGCAGUUGUGGCAAAUGCUGUUGUCACACCUGUCACAGCCACCUCUACUAUACCUUCAGUGCCAGCUCUGAUAGAACAGAAGGCAGCUCAGCCCCAAGUCUGGACUCCAGUCUCGUCUCCAGCUCAGGCUCCAGUUCAGACAGCUCAGCAGGCAGCAGCUCCGGUUACACCGUCUGCCUCUGUGCCCAGCUCUGCUCCUUCAUCAGCCUCUGCUCACUCCCCCGUUAAUCUUCUGCCUCAAACAUCUGUAACUCCUCGGUCUCCAGCGCAAGUUCAUCAUCCUGCUGCUGUAUCGGUGCAGCAGGUGUCUCAUCUGCCGGUCUCAGCAGUGCAGGUUAAUAUGAAGGGGCUACCUGUCUCCUCUGUUGUGUCUGCUGUGAGGCCCCCACAGCCUCAGCUGCAGCCCCAAACCCAUCCUCAAAUUCGGCCCCAGACACCAGCUCAGAUCUGUGCACAGGUCCAGGUCCCCGCCUGUGGUCAAGUCCAGCAAAUGCCACAUAUUCAAACGCAUCCCCAGUUACAAGCUCAGAUUCAGCCUCAGGUCCGGGUUCAGUUUCAGCCACGGGCACAAAUUCAGCCACAAACUCCACCGUCGCCUCAUACUCAAGUACAACCCCUUACUCAGGUCCAGUCCCCAACCCAGUCCCAGCCAAGGGUUCCGCCUCAGUACCAACCCCAGAUACAAGCUUCAUUUCAAACACAACCUCAGACUCUGCAGCAGCCUCAGGUCCAGUCUCAGGCCCCAACUCCCCUUCAGCUGCAGCCCCAAAUCCAAACUCAAAUCCAAACCCAGGUCCAGCUCCAGCAACAAAACCAGAUUCAAGCUCAGGCUUCACAACAGCCCCAUGUUCACAUUCAGCCCCAUGUUCAAGCUCAAGUCCAAACACAACCUCAGUUUUCAGUCCAGUCGUCACAACAAACUCAAGUUCCUCCACAGCUUCAAGCCCACGGCCAAGUCCAGGCAAAACUCCAAGUGCAGUUCCAACCUCAGAACCAAUCACAAGUUCAACCCCAGCCUCAGCUUCAGGUCCAGUCUCCAAUCAGGCAUCAGGUCAUCACAGUUUCAGGCCUCCAGCAGCCGGUCCAGCUACUCUCAGCCCUGCCGCCGCACGUUGCAGCCCAGAUCCAAGCCCAGAUCCAGGCUCAGGCCCAGCAGCAGGGUGGGGCCGUUCCCCAGCAAAUCAAACUGCAACUACCUAUCCAGAUCCAGCAAACGGGGGCGCAAAUCCAAGCCCACCAGCUCCAGAACGUGGUGACCAUCCAGGCGCCGGCAAACGUUCAGGAGCAGCUUCAGAGGAUGCAGCAGCAACCACCAAAGAAGAAGAAACACCACGAGGCUAAAAGGGAACCAAAAGAGCAGAAUCUGCAGGCGGUCAGUCCAAAAGAUGGCGUCCAGAAACAGGUGGGAGUGAAGCAGAAUUUUUCAGCAGAGCAUCAGAAACAAAGGAAGAGCUUGGCUGCAGUGGAGCGGGAGGAGAACCAGAGAAUGAUCGUGUGCAACCAGGUGAUGAAGUUCAUCCUCGACAAGAUCGAGAAGGACGAGAAGCAGGAAGCUAAGCAGGAAGCUAAGAAAAGGAAGAAGGAAGAGGUGGUGGAGCAGAAACGCUCCAAGCAGAACGCCACCAAACUGACGGCGCUGCUGUACAAGCACAAGGAGCAGCUGAAGGCAGAAAUCCUUAAAAAGAGGGCUCUGUUGGAUAAAGAGCUGCAGCUGCAAGUCCAGGAAGAGCUGAGGCGAGACCUGGCCAGGCUGCAAAGAGAAAAGGAGAAAGCUCGAGCUGCCAUCGCUCAGGCGGCUGCAGCGACCAUCAAGGCGGCCUCCGCCCACCUUCCUCACUCCACACAUUCCUCUCACAGCAUGCACACGUCAUCCCAUAAACGUAAACGAGAAGACGAGAGAGACAGAGACAAAAACCGAGACAGAGACCGGCAUCACGACAAGAGCAAGAAACGGGACAGGGACAAGGACAAAGACAAGGACCGACACAGAGACAGGGAAAAAGACAGAGACCGGGAUCUGGAGAAGGAGAGAGAGAGAGACCGAGAGCGGGACAAGAAUCGGGACAGGGAACAAGACAAAGAAAGGGAGGGAGAUCAGGAGGGAGAUCCCAACUUAUUAAAACUCAAGAAGAAGAAGAAGAAACUGUCUUCUGCCUCGAAGGAUCACAAGAAGGACACCAAGCUGUACUGUGUCUGCAAAACGCCCUACGAUGAGUCGAAGUUUUACAUCGGGUGUGACCUGUGCUCCAACUGGUUUCAUGGCGCGUGUGUCGGCAUCACGGAGAAGGAGGCCAAGAAGCUGGAGGACUUUGUGUGCAGCGACUGUAAGCGUGGUCAGGAGGGAGGCAGCAGCGAGGAGCUCUACUGCAUCUGCCGGACACCUUAUGAUGAAUCACAGUUUUACAUAGGCUGCGAUCGCUGCCAGAACUGGUACCAUGGGCGCUGCGUGGGCAUUCUGCAGAGCGAGGCCAAUCACAUCGAUGUGUACGUUUGUCCGCAGUGUCAGUCGACCGAGGACGCCAUGACAGUCCUGUCGCCGCUCACUGACAAGGACUAUGAGGGGUUAAAAAGAAUAUUACGCUCGCUACAGUCUCAUAAAAUGGCCUGGCCGUUCCUCGAACCUGUGGAUCCCCAUGACGCUCCAGAUUAUUAUCGUGUGAUUAAAGAGCCGAUGGACUUCUCCACGAUGGAAACCCGUUUGCAGAAGCGACAUUACCAGAAGCUCACGGAGUUUGUGGCAGAUGUGACCAAAAUCUUCGACAACUGCCGCUACUACAACCCCAACGACACGCCCUUCUUUCAGUGUGCCGAGGUGCUGGAAGCCUUCUUUGUACAGAAACUGAAAGGCUUUAAGGCGAGCAGGUCUCAUAACAACAAGCUUCAGUCUUCUUUGGCCUCUUAGACAACAUCGCACGUUGAGCAAACAAAAUGCACUUGCCAAGAAUGUGGCUUUUCUGAACUCUGUGACUCUCGGUGACCGGGUCGGCGGGAUCCGUUCGGGCAGAGCUGCCGGCACACUUUCAGGCUGUAAGGGGGACCUCCCAGGACCUGUCGUCACAAACAGGGGCCCUGUACAGAAUGACUGAGGCAUUUCAAAAUAAAAGUUUACCUCGGAGAAAACUCUUCUGGAGC